GCCUUUGAGCAAAGCUCCAGGAGACCUCUCACUUUCCGUUACAGUUUUUGCUUCCUCCAAAACGAGUGGGUUGCACAGUAUGUUCAGACUUUGAAAAACCAAAGCAGUGAAUUCACAGGGGAGGAAUUUCAGACCAUUGGGGAGGUAGAUAUUAUAGGGAUAAGGGGAAGGAGCAUAACAUAAAGUGGGAGUAAGUGGAGUUUCCGCAGAAUCUGGGACCCUCCAGUCAUCGGCCAUUAGGAUCCGGGUGCAGCCAGUUUGGCUUCAUGGCAUGGUGACUGAGCUGGGCGUGACUCACAGCUCCAGAAUCACUAGACCCUUGGGAUGCUUUUAUCGGAUCUGCCCCCUGGAAGUAAAAUGACUAAAGAUGGUUGGAAAAAUAAAACCUGAUUAGAACUAUAUGGGAGAAAGCAGGGUCAUAAUUUUGCCCUAGGACUUCGGAUCCAAUUACUUAUGUAUACCUUACAGAGUUAUUAUGGAGGAGUGAAUAGAAACUGAGAACUGAAGUAUGGGUAGUCAAAUAGUUGUUAAUCUUACUUAGUCACAAGGACCUUUCUGAAUCAGAUGAAAAUUUACCAUCCCCACCCCACCUUCUGGAAAAAUGUCCACACACACAAAUGGAAUUUUGCAUAUAAUCUCUAGGGUUCAUGAAAAAUGUCAGUAGUUUCCAUAAGUCAGCAUCUCUGAAUCCCCGAUCUAACCUACUGCCCUUACUUAAAAGGAUAAGGAAACAAAAUCAGAGAGAAGAGCUUGUCCAAGGUCACAGAGUUUAGGAGAUCGGAUUAAAACUCAAGUUUUCUGAUUCCCAAUUAGUCUUUAAAAUGGACUGCUUCUUGCGGGCCACUCAAACUGCAUUGCUAAACCAUACUGAGUGGCCCCCAGAUACUUUCAAUAGAGAUUUCUGACAAAGGAAACCUUUUCACAUUGGUGGGGUUGAAUGGCGGCACAGCUAAUGGGCAAAAUUAUGCAUAUUAGUGGGCAUUCUUGAAUGUUUCUUCUAAUAUAUCCCUUACUCUUCUUGCAAUGUAGCCAGACCUUUAUGAAUUCAGAAUGUAAAUCUUGGGCUCACUAAAUUUUGGCAAGUAGAACAAAUUCAUCUUUUGCUUUUCUUCCCACUUGCUAAAGUAUGUCUGUAUCCUUUGUGCCUGCAAGUAUCCUAUGUAGGAGGGAUUGAUGGAGCAGAUAUUUCAUUUCUGUAGGGAAAAGAAAUCCAGGAAGGGUGAAGUACAUGGUGGAAUCAAGAGCUAAGCCCUGGUUUCUUGAUCCCCAGCUUCUGCAUAUUUUCUACCAGAUGAUUCUGUGGUCUCCAUGCCUUGGUUCCUAACUAUAGAUACAAAAAACUAGGCAUGUAGAUAGAUAGAUAGAUAGAUAGAUACAGGGGCCUACCCCAGACCAAAUAAAUUAAAAUCUCUGAAAAUGAGACCAGGUUUGGAAACCACUGUUCCACCCUGUGUUGUCAGAAGCAAACCUAAAUCCAGGACAGCCGCCUUGGUAAUGUCCAGGGCUCCAGGAAGAGAUGUCCCUGUGGCUGGAGGCCCCCGUGCCUGAUGCUUCUCCUGACUCUGCAGCGGAGCUGUGGGAGCCAGAUGCACAAGAUGCCAGCAGCCAGGCGCUGGGAGGCAACACCUGUAUCCUCAGGGAGGAAGCCAGCACUCCCCAGUCCGGUGGGGGCUCUUUGGGGGCAGGGCUGGAGGCAGCAGAGCCUGCAGUCCUGCUCCCUGGGGUGGAUACCCCUCCAGAGUCUACAGAGCUCCGUCCACAAAAGCGGAAAAAGGGGCCAGCCCCCAAAAUGCUGGGGAACGAGCUGUGCAGUGUGUGUGGGGACAAGGCGUCCGGUUUCCACUACAACGUGCUGAGCUGUGAGGGCUGCAAGGGGUUCUUCCGCCGCAGUGUCAUCAAAGGGGCGCGCUAUGUCUGCCACAGUGGGGGCCACUGCCCCAUGGACACCUACAUGCGUCGCAAAUGUCAGGAGUGUCGUCUUCGAAAAUGCCGCCAGGCCGGCAUGCGGGAGGAGUGUGUCUUGUCAGAAGAGCAGAUCCGCCUGAAGAAACUGAAGCGGCUAGAGGAGGAGCAGGCUCAGGCCACGUCCAUGCCCCCAAGGGUGUCCUCACCCCCGCAAGUCCUGCCCCAGCUCAGCCCCGAGCAGCGGGGCAUGAUUGAGAAGCUGGUGGCUGCCCAGCAGCAGUGUAACAGACGCUCUUUUUCUGACCGGCUUCGAGUCACGCCUUGGCCCAUGGCACCAGAUCCCCAGAGCCGGGAGGCCCGUCAGCAGCGUUUUGCCCACUUCACCGAGCUGGCCAUCGUCUCCGUGCAGGAGAUCGUUGAUUUUGCCAAACAGCUGCCUGGCUUCCUGCAGCUCAGCCGGGAGGACCAGAUCGCCCUGCUGAAGACCUCUGCGAUCGAGGUGAUGCUUCUGGAGACAUCUCGGAGGUACAACCCUGGGAGUGAGAGUAUCACCUUCCUCAAGGAUUUCAGUUAUAACCGGGAAGACUUUGCCAAAGCAGGGCUGCAGGUGGAGUUUAUCAACCCCAUCUUCGAGUUCUCCAGAGCCAUGAACGAACUGCAGCUCAAUGAUGCCGAGUUUGCUUUGCUCAUUGCCAUCAGCAUCUUUUCUGCAGACCGGCCCAACGUGCAGGACCAGCUCCAGGUAGAGAGGCUGCAACACACAUAUGUGGAGGCCCUGCAUGCCUACGUCUCCAUCCACCAUCCCCAUGACCGACUGAUGUUCCCACGGAUGCUAAUGAAACUGGUGAGCCUCCGGACACUGAGCAGUGUCCAUUCAGAGCAAGUGUUUGCACUGCGCCUGCAGGACAAAAAGCUUCCUCCGCUGCUCUCUGAGAUCUGGGAUGUGCACGAAUGACUGCUCUUCCUCCCCCCCCACCCCCAUAUCUUCUGUUUUCUGGGCUGGAAGGCUGAUGCGCCCGGCUGCUUCCUAGAGGGGAAGCAGACUGAGAAGGGCAAACAUUCCUCAGAGCUGGGCAAAGGAGUUCCUCGAGUGACAUUAACGGAAAGCCAAAGGGUUGGGAGUUUGGCUGCUGGGCAGUGGAGGGUCCUGCUGAAACUGUGCUCCAUCUGAAGCCUGUACUGCCCCAACCAAAUGGAUGGGCCUGGGGGCCACUUUGCACAAGGUUCUCCCAGGCCCUGCCCGUCCUGCCUCCACCACUUCCUGUGUUCCCCACAGGGCCCCCAGAGAAAUUCUCCGCCGUCACUCUGUGGCUUGGCCCUAAAUGCCUCGGGGAUGCCUCACUGAUAGGCCUGGCGCUCUUUGUACAGAAAGACCAAAAGGAAGAUAGGAUGAGCGAAACCAUUUCUGGGUUGGGGGUGGGGGCACGGCCGCAGAGGAGGAAACCGUCGUUUAAGAUCUGCUUCCAGACGGAGAAGAGGGAGACAAGUCACAAGUGACAGCCUUGGCCGUGAGAGGGGACCUCCUCUUACUAGUCUCAUGAGGGUGAAUGAAAUGCUGACGGUUAGAUGCCCUUUUCGUUUAAUGAUCCAAGUGGGAUCGGGUUGUCUUUCUGAGGAGAAGCUUGGGUGAAUUUUCAGAACUAACACCCCAGCCAUGUACCUGUCUUCACACGCGCCUCCAUAAUGCCUCGGGUUUUCCGUUGGUACCUUAAAAAGAAAAAUUAAAAAAUUUAAAAAAA